CACAAUUGUAUAUAUAGAGAAAGUGCGGUGUCACUUACAAGAGAAAAGAAAGAAAGUUGGAUGUAGUGUGGUCGCUUAACCUCUACACAGUUUUUGACCGUUACUUUUAAGGAUGCUGUGCAAGACAAAAUAAUUUUCAUGUUACGCCAAAGAAAGUAAAGUUCAUACUUUGUGUGGAACCGUAAGUAUUGUUUAUUAUUUAAUGCACAAGACAUAUCAAUGAACAGAAACGCGUCAACUAAGAAGAGAUAAGCUAACCGAUACUAACAAAGAAAACUGAAGCUAAUUUAUCAAUAUAGUGGCUUUAUAGAAAAGAACAAGUAGCCACUACAUAAGUCAAAAACUGUUAACAUCGUUUGAAAAGAAGGAUGACUUCGUGUGUCUAUUGAAGCCGUAGGACAACGUAAUAACGAUUUUUAAAGCAUAAAGAAGGUCAUAAUGGCGGACAACUCAUUAAACGCUGUAGUAAACGAAGAUGACCAAAAGAGGGCGCCAAAGCUCACAGAAAAGGCUCUGGAUUCUAAACUCCAUAAACUGAUCAACGUAAGAAGAUACAAACUUGGACAGUUGACAGCUAAAUCUAAGGAGAUUGAUAGCUUAAUGCAAAAUGAUGGAAGUUUGAUUCAGAUUGAAGAAGAGCAUUUACCAUUAUUUCAGACACUUCUUGAAGAGUUUAGUAAAUCCAAUGAUACAGUUUUGGAAAUUCUUCAUGAAGAUGAACAACAUGUUGACCAAGAAUAUUGGUUUCAGCCAAAAUAUGAUUUUUUCAAGUCUAUUUUGGAAAAAACAGAAACAUGGAUUAAAGAAAAGAAAAGGAAAACCAUAGAUGACCAUCAGUUAGAUGUAGAAGUGAGUCCUAUGGAUAGUGUAUCCAUUGCUUCUGUGUCAAAGAAAAGAUCAAAAGGGACUGGAUCUAAAGCAAAAUCAGUUAGUAGUAGUUCAUGUGCUUCUUCAUCCACAUCAUCUGCAUCCUCAGCUCGCUUGAAGGAGGAAGCGAAAAGAGCUGCACUUCUUGCAAAGGCUGCUACUCUUAAAAAGAAGCAGUUGUUGGAAUUAGAAGAAGCUCAACUAAAAGCUAAGAAAGAACAGUUGGAUGUUGAAACUGCCAUAGCAGAAGCAACUGCCAAGAUAAAGGUUUAUGAAGACUAUGAAGCUCCAGUUAUCAGAGAUGGAACAUUUGAAAGCAAAACCUUUACACAAAAAAAGGAAGGUGAAAAUGUGCAUCAUCCCCGCUUGCCAAGAGAUUUGCAGCAACAACCAACUUCAUAUGAUGCUGUUAUUCAGUCAACCCAACACGUCACUGAUGUUCACUCAUCUGAACUGUUACAUGGAAACACACAGCAGAGUAAUAAUAUGGAGGAACUUUGCAAAGUAAUGCAAAAACAGAAUGACAUCACAGAACUUCUUGUUAAACAACAACAACUUUCUAAAAUGCCACCAGUUGAUGUUCCUAUUUUUUACGGUGAUCCAUUGCAUUUCCGUUCCUUCAUGAGAGCCUUCAAUCACGCUAUUGAAACAAGGACUGAGAACCCUGCUGAUAAACUGUACUAUUUAGAACAGUAUACAAGAGGUGAAGUCAGAGAUCUUGUUAGGAGCUGUCAACACAUGCAACCACACAGAGGUUUUCAGGAAGCAAUGAAAUUGCUACAAAUCCAAUAUGGAAAUGAGAUUCAGAUUGCUUCCGCUUAUAUGGACAAAGCAUUACAGUGGCCUCAAAUUAAGCCUGAAGAUGGAAAGUCAUUGAGUUCUUUUUCUCUUUUCCUUACAAGUUGUUGUAAUGCGAUGGAAGACAUUGACUACUUGGAUGAGAUGGACAAUCCUGUCAACAUAAGGAUUUUGACAUCCAAACUACCAUAUAAGAUGAGAGAAAAAUGGAGAGCUCAUGCAUUUGAACUACAAGAAAAAUCCAAAAAUAGAGCUAAAUUCACAGAUUUGGUGAGUUUUAUUGACAAACAAGCUCGGCUGAUGACAGAUCCAUUGUUUGGAAAUAUAAACCCUUCUCAACCAGCAGAAAAAGGAGAAAAAAGAAAGACACAGAUCAAAAGUGUAAAAGGAGAUGGCCUCAAGAAAAGUAGCUUUGCAACAGACAUUACCUGUAAAGAAGAAACCACAAUUAAAGCUACUAAAACUCAAUCAGAAAGAGCUACAAACAGCACUGCUUUUUCAACGCCAUGUCUAUUUUGCAAAAUGAAUCACACAUUUGAAAUGUGUGACGCUUUCAGAGACAAACCUCAUAAAGAUAAGGUUGAAUUUUUGAAGAAAUCAGGACUUUGUUUCAGCUGUUUGGUCAGAGGACAUCUUAGUAAAGAUUGCAAACGAAAGAUGUCAUGUCAGUUUUGUGCUCAAAAACAUCCAAGUCUGCUUCAUGUUUUAAGACUUGAAGAAAAUAAACCUGAAUCAACCAGUGAUAAAAAUGAACCACAGGUCUCAUCAAGUGCACUUGCAUCAGUGCUUAAGGAAAAUGAUUUGACUGGGGAUAAAGAUAGUAUUCUUGCAAUAGUGCCUGUAAGAAUCAAAUCAAAGAAAAGUCCAAAAAUGGUUGAAACUUAUGCCUUUAUUGACCCAGGAAGUUCUGGUACUUUUUGUACUGAAGAUUUAGCAAGACAGCUCAAUCUCACAGGCAGAAAAACAAAGAUUUUUCUUACUACUAUGAAUAAACAGUCCAGCACUGAUAGCUACAUGUUGACUGACCUGGAAGUGAGUGGUAUGGAAGGAUGUAUGUUUAUUGACCUGCCAAAAGUAUUCACACAAAAGGAGAUACCAGUGAGCAAAGCAAACAUCCCUCUGCAGGGAGAACUGGAUCAGUGGCCAUAUCUGAAGGAUGUCAAAUUGCCAUGCAUAGAUGCUGAUGUGAGUCUUUUGAUUGGAAACAAUGCGUACAAGGCCAUGGAACCCUGGAAAGUGAUAAACAGCCAGGACAGUGGACCAUAUGCAGUGAGAACGCCACUCGGUUGGAUAAUAAAUGGACCCCUCAGAGAUCCCAAUGGAGCCUGCUCAGAAAUGGAAAAGCAACAACAGGUUACUGUUAAUAGAGUCAGUUUGGAAACAAUAGAAGAACUCACAAGGCAACAAUACAACCAUGACUUCCCUGAAAGAAACUGUGAUGACAAGUUGGAGAUGUCUCAUGAAGACAACCUUUUCAUGGAAAAAGUAACUAGCUCACUAAGUUCUAUCAAUGGUCAUUACUGUAUGAAGCUUCCUGUCAAACAUGAGUCUGUCACAAUGCCAUGCAACAAAAAAUUGGCUGAACAACGUGCAAUUAAUCUGAAAAGGAAAUUUCAAAGAAACCCAUUGUUCCAUGAUGAAUACAAAACAUUUAUUUCAAACAUGUUGGAGAUGGGCUACGCAGUACAAGUACCGAAUCAACAACUCAACAGACCGGAUGGAAGGAUUUGGUACAUACCACAUCAUGGUGUGUACCACCCUCGUAAAAAGAAGCUGCGUGUGGUUUUUGAUUGUGCUGCUUCAUUUCAAGGAACAUCCCUAAAUGACAUACUGCUACAGGGACCUGACCUUGCUAACUCCCUCAUUGGAGUCCUCACCCGGUUCAGGCAGGGUCCUAUUGCAAUGACAGCAGAUAUUCAAGCAAUGUAUCAUCAAGUAAAGGUUGCAAAUGAAGACACAGACCUUUUGAGGUUCUUGUGGUGGCCUGAAGGUGACUUCACAAGAACUCUAGAAGAGUUUAAGAUGAUUGUCCAUCCAUUUGGUGCCACAUCUUCACCUAGUUGUGCUAUGUUUGCACUAAGGAGAACAGCUGAGGAUAAUCAAAGCAAAUCAUCAUCAGAAACACUGGAAACUGUACUAAAUAACUUCUAUGUUGAUGACUGCCUUAAGGCUGUGGAUACCACUGCUAAAGCCAUUGUUAUGGUUGAAGAAUUAACUGCAUUGUGUGCCACAGGAGGGUUUCAUCUAACUAAAUGGGCAAGCAACAGCCGUGAACUGUUGGCUACCAUCCCCGAAGAAGAGAGAGCAAAGGAGUUCAAAGAUCUGGACCUAAGUAAUGAUACAUUACCUAAGGAAAGAACGCUAGGAGUUCAAUGGUGCACUGAAAGUGAUGCUUUCACAUUUACUAUCAAUGUGAAAACCAGACCGAUGACAAGAAGAGGACUUCUCUCGGUGAUGUGCAAGAACAAACUUGGAUGGGAUGAAGAAAUACCUGAAGAAUUUGCAAGAAAAUGGAAAAAGUGGCUAGAUGAGCUUGACUUGCUUUCAAGCUUCAACAUUAACAGAUGCAUAAAACCACCUGAGUUCAAGUCUGUCAUUGCAGCUAAACUGCAUCAUUUCUCUGAUGCAAGUGAGUUGGGAUACGGAACUGUCACAUAUCUCAGCUUAAAGAAUGAAGAAGGAAAAUUCCAUUCUGCUUUCAUCAUAGGAAAGGCCCGUGUUGCACCGAUAAAGCAGACUACAAUACCAAGAAUGGAACUUGCAGCUGCUGUCGUUGCUGUAAAAAUGGACAAAAUGUUGAGGAAAGAAAUGCAACUCGACUUACAAGACUCACAGUUUUGGACUGACAGCACUACAGUGUUAUCUUACAUCUCAUCUGAAACACACAGAUUCAAAACUUUUGUUGCAAAUAGAGUUGCAAUUAUAAGGGACAACACAAAACCAUCUCAGUGGAGAUAUGUUAAUACUUCUCUCAAUCCAGCAGACUGUGCAUCACGUGGGUUGACAGCUGAAGAUUUUAUGAAAAAUGAGAAAUGGAUAAAUGGCCCAGCAUUUCUUCAAAGUCUGGAAGAGUCAUGGCCUGAAGGUCAUGAAAGUAAACCUGUGGACCAAGAUGAUGUUGAGUUGAAGAAGAAACUAAAAGUAAACUUAACAUUGACAACAAGUGCUCCAUGCCCUAUUAACCAACUGAUUGAGUACUAUUCCAGUUGGUACAAGUUAAAAAAGGCUAUAGCAUGGAUGCUAAGGCUCAAAGAAAUCUUAUUACAACUUAGCCAGCAAAGACAACUCAUCCAAAAGACAACCAGUAACGCAGAUACGGUCAAGAGGAUGAAUGAGUACAAGACUAAAAUGAAAAUGAAUCCACUAUCAGUACAAGACCUACAAGAUGCAGAAAGGGCAGUUGUUCAGUAUAGUCAAUGCCAACGGUUUCCAGAAGAAAUCUCAUCUUUGCAAAAAGGCGUUUGCGUGAAAAGGAACAGUGAGAUCUAUAAAUUAGAUCCUCUCCUUAUUGAUAACACACUGAGAGUUGGUGGUAGACUUUGUAAUUCAGCCAUGCCUGAAGAGGCUGUACAUCCCGCUAUUCUCUCAAAAGACAUGCACAUAUCAAGACUCAUUCUCAGGAAUAUUCAUGAGCAAUCAGGACACAGUGGAAGAAACUAUGUGCUUUCUCAACUACGACAGAAAUAUUGGAUUCCUAAAGCACAUUCAGCAGUAAGGAAGUUGCUUUCAAACUGUGCUGUUUGUCGAAAGCUUCAUGGAAAACCAGGAGAACAAAAAAUGUCUGACUUACCACAAGAUCGAGUUUUGCCUGAUUCACCACCCUUCACUAAUACAGGUGUCGACUUUUUUGGACCAAUCGAAAUAAAGAGAGGACGGAGUAAUGUUAAAAGAUAUGGUGUCCUAUUUACAUGCCUUGCAAUCAGAGCUGUGCAUAUAGAAGUGGCUCAUUCACUGGACACAGACUCUUGUAUAAAUGCAAUACGGAGAUUUAUGUGUCGAAGAGGACAAGUUAUGGUGCUUCGCUCAGACAAUGGCACUAACUUUGUUGGUGCCGAAGACAAUUGCGCGAGUCUAUUGAGCAGUGGAACCAAUCAAAGAUUGAGGAUACACUGAGACAAAAUGGAAUUCAGUGGAUAUUUAAUCCACCAAGCGGCUCUCAUCAUGGUGGAGUUUGGGAGAGGCAGGUUCGAACUGUGAAAAGAGUGCUGAGCUCUGUGCUGAAACAGCAGAUGCUUGAUGAUGAAGGUCUCCAAACGGUGCUCUGUGAGGUUGAAGCCAUCAUUAAUGCAAGACCUAUAACAAGUGUUUCGGAUGAUCCUAAUGACAUUGAACCGUUGACUCCAAACCAUUUGCUGUUACUGAAAAAGCAACCUCUGUUACCAUCUGGACUGUUUCAACAGGCAGAUCUCUAUGCUCGCCGAAGAUGGAGGCAGUCUCAGUAUAUUGCUGACCUAUUUUGGAAACGGUGGACGAAAGAGUAUCUUCCCAUUCUUCAAGAACGUCAAAAGUGGUUUCAAAUUAAAGAAAACCUCAGAACUGAUGAUGUUGUCCUAAUCAUGGAUGAAACUGCUCCCAGGAAUGCAUGGGUCAUGGGAAGAGUCCUAAAAACUUUGCCAGAUAAGAAGGGUCUAGUUCGCAGGGUUCUGGUGAAAACAAUGACCAACACAUUGGAAAGACCCAUUGACAAGUUAUGCUUGAUUCAUAAGAAGGACAUUGUAUAGAGACAGUUACAUCACUUCUUUUUUGAAUAUAUUCCAUAUUUUUGCUCUUGCUAAAGUUAUGUUAUAUAAUUGAUAUGUUUUCUCCAUAUGCAAUUAUGGGGCCGGAAAUGUAAGAGCCAAAAAUGUUAGUUUUAACAUUGUUUAUUUUCUGUAUGCCUUUUGCAUAUUUAGAUAUUGUCUUUACAGUAAUGUUUUAUUUUACUAUGUUUUUUGUAAAAAAGCGCCAC